AUGAACACAUUAACUAAAGAGUCCCGUACAGACGUUCAGUUCCACCUGGCGGCGCUGCGAGGUGACUGUGAGCGACUCAAACAACUGCUGGACACGGGGAAGGUGCACAUAGACUCCAGGGACAGGGACGGCACCACCCCGCUCAUCCUGUCAGCGGCCAUGGGUCACACGGACUGUGUCAAGGAGCUACUGGCGCAGGGAGCCGACCCCACCUGCUGCAGGACGACUGGUACCAGUGCCCUGUUCUUCGCUGCUCAAGGCGGGUUCCUAGAGGCUGCGCGCGCUCUGUUGGACGCGGGCGCUCCAGUGGACGCUCCUAGUGUGGACGGCGGCACGGCCCUGUUCGUGUCGUGUCAGUGUGGACACCUGCCUGUGGUGGAGGAACUCAUACACCGAGGAGCGGACGUUAACUGUGCUAUGAAGGACGGCGCCACUCCCCUGUUCAUCUCGUCUCAGAACGGCCACUCGUCCGUGUGUUCCCUACUACUAUCCGCGGGGUCGCGUGUGGACGCCCGCCGGUCGGACGGUGCCACUCCCCUGUGGAUCGCGUGUCAGUGUGGUCACGCGCCGGUGGUGCGGCUGCUGCUGGCGGCCGGCGCUGACGUGGACGCGCUCCGACAGGACGGCGCCAGUCCCCUGUUCAAGGCGGCCCACAAGGGUCACUCGUCGGUGGUGUCGGAGCUGCUCCGGUACCGCGCUAACAGAGGCCUGCUGCCGAACGGCCAGUCGGCGCUCCACGGCGCGGCCAUGUUUGGGCACGUGUCGUGCGCGCGUCUGUUGCUGACCGGAUGUGACGUCACGUCCGCCCUCCGGCUCCGUAACGCGGCCGGGCUCACUCCACCGCAGGCCGCCGCCGCGCACGGACGACACGACAUACUCAAAUACUUCGAUUCACUCACUAAGACGCACUCGUGA